GUUUUCCUUAUUUCUGAUUUUUGCAACAACUAGACUCUAUAGCCUGAUGCAGAGAACAAAAGAGCAGCCUUAUUUUAUAUCAACGGGUAUGUCUGAGCUGCAAGACAGCCACAAGGAUCAUGCUACGUUCAGCUUCCCAUCAAUGGAUACACACCAGCAGGUUAACAGGGUUAACACAACAAAAGCGUCUGCUGACACAGGGUCCCACUUCUUUGCACCACUCAACACACAGAUUCUCAGGGACAAAGAGAACUUGCCCCAGCAGCAACAUCAUCAAGUGAGACAACAACAAAAACAACAACAACAACAACAACAACAGAAGGUUGGUACUGGGCAGAUCUCCUCAUUGCACUCCAAACUGACUCAUGAAGCUGAGAAAAUCAGAAAAUGGAAAGUCCAGACUGAAAUUGAACUGAAAGAAAAGGAUGCCAAAGUUCUAGAGAUGAACCACACAGUAGAUGCUUUAAGAAAAUCCAUUCUUGAGAUGCAGCUUGAGAAUGAAAACCUCAGUCUGAAGCUGCAGGAUGAGAUGGAUAACAGAGAGGUCAUCAAUAAUAAGAUUGAGUCUACAAGAAUCAUCUGUACGGCUCUGAAGGACAACACAGCACAGAUUGAUGUAAAAUUCAAAAAGUGUGAGGAGGAAAGACUGAACUUACUGCAAUGUCAACAACAACACCAACAACAAUUUGAGAUGUUAUCUGAGAGUUUCCAGCAGUUAACUAUAACAGCUACACAAGGGCAUAUGGAGCUGAAAUCUAGAAUGGAGCAGUCAGAGAAAGAAUACAAGCUUACUGUGGACAACCUGACUUCCAGACUUGCAGAUGCUGAUACUAAGAUAGUCCAAAAGCAAUUAGAGAUUGAGGAAAAUUCAGAGAAGUUAAAUCAGACCAAUCAAAAGUACAUGGAACUUCAAAAGCAUAUGUCUGAUUUGCAGCAAGACAAAGCUCUGUUGUCUCGCAGAUUGAAAGAGACUGAAACUGCUGGGGCUCAACUAACUACACAACUAGAGUCCAUGACUACAACCCUUGAAAAAGAAAAGACACUGGGUAAAAAUCUUGGUGAGAAAAUAUUAGGAUUACAGAGUGAGUUAGAUGAGACCAUAUCCAGCAGGGACACUUUCAUUGCUACUGCUAAUAACACAGAGAAGCUCUACAUAGAAAGGGUGAAUGAACUGAAAGCUGAAUUAAAUACAUCUCAGCAACAGAUUGAAGAUGAACAGAAAAGGUGCUCUGACUUAAAAACCUCAUUGAGUAAAAGUAACUCCUCAAUAGAAGAACUGAAAAGUGCCAAAGAUAUGCUGAUACUAGAGAAAACUGAGAUAUCUGACAAAAUGGUGGAACUACAGAAAGCCAAGGCUAUCCUAGAGGAAAGUUACACUAAAUCUGAAGAUAGGGUCUCACAGGUGACUCAUGAGAAAGUUGAUUGUGAGAAGGAAUUACAAAAACUCCAAACCCACUCCAAAGACCUUGAGAAUAAACUGGUUAGUCUAGAGAAACAUAUUGAGACACUGAGCAAUGAGAAACGAGACCUGACAACUACACUUGAACAAGCUAAUACAGAAAUCAACAAACUGAAGGAUGUCAAGCAGGAUCUUGCUAAGAUUAGCAGUGAAAAGAAAAGUACAUCUGGUGAACUGAAGCAGGCUCAAAGCAAGAUUAAGAAAGCUAAUGCAGAGAUUUUGGAGGUGAAGAGUGAACUGAAGGAAGCACUAGUUAGAGAGCACUCAUCACUUGAUAAAGUUGAUAAACUUGAGGCUGAGCUGGAGUCAGUCAGGUCUGAAUUGUCAACAUCUGUAAAAUCGAAGGAUGAUAUCCAGUGCCAACUUGAUGAUCUCAAGAAGAAUCUGAAAACUGUAAAGGGGCGACUGACUAGCCAAACUAGACAGAGUUCAACAUUUGAAGAUAGGAGCAAGUCCCUCAACCAGAUGCUGGAGGAGGCAAAGAAUGAGUCCACUGUGUUGAAAGAGGACAAGGAGAAACUCCAGCAACAACUUAAGGAAACCACUGAACUCAUGAAAGAUGAGGUAAAGAAGUCCAAGAAGAUUUUGGAAGAAUCCAAGGCAGAGAAAACCAAAAACAAAGCUGCCCUUGAAUCUCAGACUAAAGAAAUCACAACUGUGCUGCAGAAGUAUAAGAUGGAGAAUGAGAAAAUUGUUUUGCAAAAAGAAAAAGAAAUUGCAGGGCUAAUGAAAGAGCUUGAAAAUAAAGAUGAUACCAGUAAACAAAAUAAUGAAAAGAUUUCUAAUCUGUCAGAUGAGAUCAAGAGUUUUGAAGAGAAACUGGAAGGUGUUGAAAAGGAAAACAACACAUUGAAAGCUGACAUUGAAUCCAAAGUGAAAGCUGUAGAGACAUUUAAGGAGGAUAUUAAAUCCAAGGAUAAAGAUAUCAAGCAACUCUUGGAAUCAAUAUCCUGUCUCAAGGAGAAAGACAGUGUGCGAGCAGAACAAGUGAAGGAGGUGGAAAGACUCAAGGAGAUUGAAUGGCAAGAAAAACUGAAGGAACUUGAGAGACUGAAGGAGAGGGAGGCAGAACAAAAGGAAAUUGAGAGAAAGCAGAGACUUCAGCCACCUUCCACACCUAGAACUCCAAUCAGGCCAAUCAAAAAAAUAUCUCCUCCCAAAGUUAUCAAGAACACAACAACCCCAAGGAUAGAUAUAGAACCUGCUACUCCUCAGAGAAGUAUUCUCCGUCAGGGAAAUUCUGUAUCCAAAAAGAGGCGGGUCAUGUUUGCCCAAGAUGAUGACAUCAACACUAUUUCUGAUGCAGAAUCAUCUUCUUCAGAGUUAGUAGAAAUAGAGCUUGAUGAAAUGGAAAACAGGCUUAAAAACAAGAAACCUGGCAACCAUACCCCUCUAAUGGUUCGACCCUCCCCUAAGUUCCGCCAGUCACCCUCUGCUGUAGUAACUCCUCUACCCCGUGACCCCCAGCCUGCCAGAACCCCUACAAGGACCCCCCUCAGACCUGUACCCAGAGGACCAUCCAUCCAUACACAGAAGGAUGAGACACCUCUGGAUGAGAAGGCUAACUUCAAGUCCCUGUUUCCAGAUGCAACUGAAGAUCUCUGUGAUGAUGCCCCAAAGAAGCCUCUGCUCAGUAGAAGCAAGCCAAAGUGCAACAUCAAGAAAACACCCAACCGAUCUCAAGGCAAGUUCUUCAAAUCAUCACCAAUUGAGAAGAAGAAGGUGACCAAGACAAAGGACAAAGACGCUCAGUGGUUUGAUAUGGAUGCUGUAUUUGGCUUUGGCACUGAAGAUUGAGGAUUUAACUAAAUAUCUCACAACUGAGAUAAUGUGUGACAUGUGUGACAAUUCGGAUAAAUGACACCUCAUUACAAGCAUUGACUUGUACAUCUUUCAACCUCAAGUGAACAAUCAUAUUGUGCCACACUCCAUUCUCUUUCACUUACACACUCACCAAUAGAUAGAGUCGAGACAAUGUUUGGAAUUGGAAGUGCUAUAGAAGAAAAGUUGGGUCAAUUGGGGGUUGCCACAUUCAGGGAAAAGUUAGGGAAAACUAAAAUGGUUUUCUCUGACCUGGAAAGUUUCAGUAUUAUUCCUUAGAAUAGUAAAAUUGGUAAAAAAUGUUGUAACAUGGGCUUUCAUAAGAGAGCCCAUGAAGAAACUAAAACAGAAAUGGUUGACAAACAUGAUAUUUUCAUCUUCGACUCCCAAGGUGUUAUAACUGAAGCCUUGUGAAUCAAGAUAUAAUAUUUUAUCAAAGGUUCAC